UACUUCCGUGUUGUGAUUUUUAUCACUGCUGACAUGUCUAACAGAUGUGUUGUAUUCUGUGUUUUACUGGCAGGAUUUUGCUUCAUUUCAUGGAAACACUCGUUGAUUGGUGUUAAAGAUGCUCUGAAGUUAGCUGGACGCGGGUUCAUAUUCCUGGGCAUAUGCACAUGGCUGAUUUACAUGUUCCCGAGACUGAAAUAUUUCUUCUUUCCAGUGUGUCAGGAGCUCCCAGACAGCCCCCUGCAUGAAUCCAACAGACAGAAACAAGAGCAAGUUAGAAGAGUUCAACAACAUCAACACAAUGACAAGACAUCUGACUAUGCUGAAAGUGUGAUAAAGCCGAGGCAGAGCGUGUUACUCCAGCAGAGAAUGGAAAGAUACCAUCGGAUGACAGGAGAGACCUGGAAACUGAGCCAGGGUUUUCCUGUCGGGGGGGAAGAGGAUCAGAUGUGUGGUGAUGCUGAUGCAGACGAGAAUCCUAAUCAGGGAGCCAGAAGGAGACGCAAGCUUCUUCAGACCGUUACCCAAGAUCCUGUCCAACAGGAAGUGCCCAAGCAGAAGAAGGUCAUAGUUUUGCCUGACGAGCCGUCAGCGGAUACUGAGGGGGUUGUAAAAAUAGCUCUCAGAUGUCCAAGUGGAAGAACGAUCUGCAGGAGAUUCCUCAAAACCUGGAGUUCUCUGCUGCUUCUUGACUGGAUGAUGAAGACAGGAUACCAUCCUGCUCUCUACACGCUGUGUACAUCCUACCCCAGGACAGAGCUGAUCGCUGCUGCAGACGUGAGCCUGGAGGAGGCUGGCGUUCUCACCAACACUGUGCUGAAUGUGGAGGAGAAAGAGCCGUCCAUUACCUAAGAGCGCUUCUGUUUCUGAAAAGCUUUUAUUGGACUGAAUGGAGCUGGUUAUGGAUAUCAAUGUCAGUGCUGUAAUCUCAUGCACCAGUUGACAGGACUUUAUUCUUUACAUGUGGCAUAAUUGGGAUACAUUUCAGUGCAAAUGCUUUUCAUUUGCUGAUCUUAGAUUUUCUAUAAGACUUGAGAAUCAACCUUUUCAUAAAAUAAAAUUUUCAUAAAAAUGAAAGCCAGUACAACCAGUGCUGGGGAGUAACGAGUUACAUGUAAUGGAAUUACGUAAUUUAAUGACCAAAUAAGGUUAUACUUUAUUUUAAGGUCUCCUUGUUACAGUGUAAUUAUACAUUUAAGUACUGAGUAAUAUUAAUUAACAACACGUAUUUACUGUAGGAUUAGGAUUAGAGGUUUGUUUAGGGUUAUUGCAUGUAAUUAUUACAUAAUUUUGUGCUAAUACUAUAGUAAUUACAUGUAACGUGUAACAAGGACAAAAUAAAAAUUAAGUGUAACUAUAAUCUGUUAGUUACUGAGAAAAAAAUGUGUAAUUAAAUUAGUUACUUCUGAAAAUGUUAACGAUUACAUAGGGGGUUACAUCUGAAUAUUUACUCUCUCUCUCUCACACACACACACACACACACACAUACAGAUUGAAUUGAUUUCUAUCCCAAAAUGUAUAUUGCUUUUUUUUUUUUAAGAUUAACGUUUUUUUUUUUCCAAAGCAUUGUUAUAUUCCAGUGUUCCCUGUCAUAGCAAUGCAAGGAUUUGAUUUCAAAAACAGCAUCAUAACUAUUAAACUGCAACCCCAAUUCCAGAGAAGUUGGGAUAUUUUGUAAAAUGCAAUAAAAUCAAGAAUCUGUGAUUUGUUCAUUCUCUUUAACUUUUAUUUAAUUGAGA